AUCAGUAGUGUUUCAUCCGCCGAGAGAGCGGUUUCGAAACAUUUUGCGGCGCGCGCGGUUCGCCCUCGCGGGAAAAACGAUACCGACCAUCCCCAUCUUAAGAGCCCGUACAUGUAGGCAGCGAGGGUGGGCAAAGUUUUAGUUGGUGCUGUAGCUCGAAUGGGGUUUUCCACAGUGCUUCUCAUCAGACGUUGACGUGGAAAACGAAGUGUGAAAUAUCUGUGAAACAUUAACCCCGGUUGCCCGAGAAGGAGAAAACUGCUAAAAAUUUGCUAAUUUUUCCAUGAGUGGAAACGAUUAUUGGUGCCUAGAACGGUGAACACAGAAUCUUACCCUGCUAUCGAGUAAAGUGAAGUGAAACGACGUCAGAUAUAUUCAAGCUGAAAUAUAGGCACCGUGCGCAUGGUUUUAUUGCAAUUGAAAUGGAUUAGUGCAACGGAUGCGGAUUAAGUCAUUUGUGAGUGAAAAUUACGCCCUGAGUCGUUGUGUGUCUAGACAGGGGUGACGAAAGCGAUUGAAUUGAAUUCAACUCGGACAAUACGGCGAAGGAUAAUACGAAAGGAGAAUUUUGACACAGAAACGACAGUAUGAAAUAAGUAAUGUAACGUGGAUUCUUCAUAUACCAAUCAAAUUAUUCGCCCUCAAUAGAAUAAUGCUUCUCCUCCUUCAACAAACGGUGGGCGUCUACGCGUAAUAUGAACCAAUCCGAUGGCGAUAAAGCAUUAAGUAAUGAAAGAAAGAAAUUUUCCAACAAAAAGAAAACAAGCCAGAGUAAACAUGUCCCGGAUUCGAGAUCGUCAGCUGGUGGAAGCAAUGGAUUGCAUUCGUUUUUCCGUUGGUUCAGAAAGGACAAAGACCCGGACCUCGAACUGCCGGAGGUGGUCAACGUUGCUCACCUGCAACGGAAUCUCGCUUCAGGAGCAGGACAUCAUGCUGAUUCCAGAAAUGGUGUAAUCAAACCCAAAUCUUCAAGUGCCUCUCAAAGUGAAUGUUCGUCAGACGAGCUAAGCCAAAGUCAGAGCAAUGGAACGCAUAGUUCAUCGCCUAGUCCUAGUCCAGUGAUAGACUGUAAUAACCUAUCGAAAAGUUCAAGCUGUGAUAGUAUCUUAAGCACGGCAACCACCGGGUUCGCCUUCGUGCCACCAAACCAUUACGAAGCGGUCAGUAAACCGGCAGAACGUGUCAUAAAUCCCGGUCCAUAUACUGAUAGUUAUAAGCGUCGAGUUCGGGAGCGGGACCGUACCCGGGAACUUGACAAAAAAUAUGAACUCACACUGCGUAAAAAGUAUAGACUGUUCCCAAGUUUACGAGCUUCCGAAAAAGACGCUACGCUAACUAGGGCUAAUCAGAAGUCGGUCUACGUAGAUCUAAGUUUACCCACUGCUUCGAAAAGUGUAUUAGAAACUCCUGAUGUUGAAAAAGGUGAACCGUCUAAAGAUAUCCCAGUGAGAAAACAUCGUAGAACAGUAAGUGACAGUUCGAAGGAAAAACGUGCUGGAGCCUAUCUACAUGUGAAGGGCAAAAGACGCGCGCCACCACCACCACAAUUAAGUUUGGAUUCUAAUACGGAUACACUCACAAAUAGACCAUACAACGGGACGCUCACUAACUCGAACUAUAAUACUUUAUCUCCCGGGUCAACCUUAUCCCGGAAGAAACGACCUGCCCCUCUACCACCCGUAUCCCCCACUUCAUUAACAUUGAACGAGGCAUCAUCGUACACAAGUCUCUUUGAGGACAAGGAAAUCAAAGCGAUCAUCGAAGGGAUCCCCCUAGCACGAACCCCAGAACCGAUCAUGCCUAUGCGAAUAACUCCCCUUCCAGGAAUCUCCGAAGAGCGAACUCCUGGAGGUUUAACAGAGGAACAGAAGCAGCAACUGAUCGACAAUAUCCGGAAAGUGCAAGCACCCCCUGCUAGCGAUCCUCCUACGCCAACGAAUAAUCCCCCUACCACUUUUUUGUUGACGAACAACGACGUCAUGAAGUUGGAAGAGAACUUCAUCAACACGAACGGAACUCGAUCCCCAAUUCACGACUAUCUUUACUCAGAAGCUAUUGGGAGUUCAACGAAACCCAAUGUUCCCACAUCACCAAUAUCUCCAAGACCAUGGUACAAGCGACCAAUAUCGGGCAUGAAGCAUCAAGAAAGCACUCUACCAUUCAAAAAAGACAUCAUCCUCAAGACUAUCGAUAAGCGCAAAGCUAAGCUAAAGGAUAAGGAGGACUUACCCGAAGUUGGAUACUGUAGAAACUCGCUGGUGGAUAGCAACUCAAUCACAAACGUGCAAAAGUUCAACCUUUUUGCUAAACUUGUAGAAAAGUCUGAUGAUUCCAAGCGUCGGGAUAGCGAAAAGCGGAAAUCUGGAAUAGGGAUCCCGAGCAUCAGUGAAUUAGACCGGGAAGCUGCGGAGAUCAUCAACAAAGAAAACGCAGCCAAACAGUGCCAACAGCAGACGGUCAACGAGCUAUACUUUUCCGCACCAGAACAACUGGUUAAACGUAGCCAAUCUUUCAUGAAGAAAAACGAAGAAUUCAUGGAGAACUCCGUCGAAAGCAAACCAAGAUCAACAAGAGAGUUGAUUUGCAAGUUCGAGGCAAAUUCCACAAACAUCAAUAAAAGCAUGGUUAAUCCCUUGUUUGUCCCCAAAAAAGACUAUUUCGGCGCAGAGAGGAAGGAAACUGCAACCUCGCAAACGGUACCAACUCAAGCAAUAGCAGUUGAUAACGAAGAAACGACCCCGCAUGAACUCGUCAAAACUGAAAGCGAUAAGAAUUUGUUAGGCUUGUGGGCUUGUCCUUAUUGUACUCUAGAGAACCCGAAUUGGCGCAUCAUUUGUGAAGCUUGUGAGCGUAUCAAACCAUAUGAGAAGCUCAGUAUCUUGGAAGAACCCCCUUUGAGACCUAACCAUCCGUUGAAGAAAGCCAUCCCAGAGCCAAAAACUCAACAAGCACUCCAUCCACCACCAACAACAACCGAAGAUUGGGAUAAAAAGACUGAACGUGUGUUGAAGUACUUCAUGCCGAAACCAACCACCACACCAACCAUGGGCAAUGGAUCUUUGGUAACUUCUACCGAAGCACCUAAAAAAUCAUUCGGGCAGGCUAAAAUGCUUGCCUCACCAAAAAUGGGUGUUAAAAGCCUGAUGAAUGGUAAGUCACCAUCCGAACGGGUGAAUGGAUUGCGAAACUUCAAUUCUGUCCCUGAGGGAUACAACGCCUCUAAUAAGUUUGAUGACGAAAAACUUAAGGACAACGCAGUGGUAGUGACUACCAUACCAGUAUUAAUAGCUCCGUCUCCUGAAUUGGAAGAUUGUAAGCAGUAUCCUAACGUAGUGAAGGAAACUGUCGAUCUAGAUGAAGUGAGGAAUGCGAGAAUUGCCAGAUUUAGCACAAAUCUUGAUAACGGUAGACCAUCUAGUCCUGUUGAACAUCUAAUAGAAGAUCCACCAAAUAAGGUCACUGAGAUGGACGAUGAAGCUUUGGAAAGAGAAAAGGAGCGUUUACGUGAGAUGAUACGAGCUAUGAACGCCAAGGCUUUGGCUGACAAAUAUCCUGUACUUCAGAAACCUCCCGCCAGCAGUGGCCCAUCCAAGCGAGAAUCGCCCUUAGUGCAGAGGAGAAAUGGCUUUGUCUCGGGUAUUCCAGUUAGCACAAAAAGUCCAAAACCAAUUCGCAAGGCUAGCCCAAACAUGGUGCGAAGAACUUUACCCGUGGAAGAACAUCCUCCAGUUGUUGCAGAACCAUACAAGCUAGGAGCUAUUAAGAAAACUUUCGCACGUAAACCCGAGGAAACAAAACCUAUCAACAAGUUGGUCGACAAAAAAAUCAUUAACCAAGAAGUGAAACCUUCUAUUAGCAAUCCUGUGCAAGUAGCCGCUCUCGUAAUUCCAGAGACGGUAGCAGAACUGAGUGAACCGCAGCUAGUACUGACCAACGAUACGCAAAAAGUGCUCUAUGAAGCUAUGGAUGAACAGCAAUUUAAGGUUCAACGAAAUAACGUACCAGUGCAAAAUUAUUUCUCCGAUCAGCAGAAUGAAAAAGUUCGGCAAAUAUCGAAUCAACUCCGCUCGGUUCAAGGUGUUGAGAACUUCAAGAAUACCCUCAAGUAUACAGGUACUCCGAUGAACAGAUCCAAUACACUGGCGAUUAAUAAGCUUCUGAGAAAUUUGGAAAUUGCUAUAGGAGAUGGAGCCCAUGAUCGAGCUGCUAAACUGGCGGUUGAUUUGGCUAAAAUGAAGGUUUUGCUUUCAGUUACCAGGCAAAGCCCUGGGGGAUCAGAUACCGGUUCAACCGGCAGCUUGACAGAGCUUAGUAUUUCGUUUUACAUCAACGACAAAUCUACUAGAAAAGGUCCAAUGAGAAUCACUUUGUCCACAUACACUACACUUUUCCAGUUGAAGGAAAAAGUUAGCAAGAAUUUUGGCAUACCGGUUCAGGUUCAACGGUGGAUUUUCAAAGAUCGGCAUUUAUGUGAGGAGCACAGAACACUCACCGAAUAUGGCAUACAAGAGGGCGAUCAAACUCUGCAGUUGUUUAUCGUAAGUUCGACGAUAAAAACUUUAUCAGAGACUGGCGUUCAAACUUCUAUCAACAAAGUGAAGAUAGAGCAGAAGACUACUCCAACGGUGAUGACUGUCCAGCCCCAGUUCAGUCAUACAGAGGCAAAAAUACUUACCAUUUCUGACUCGGACGGCGAAUGUUCUGAUACGCAAAACGAUUCGCAGAUUGAAGAUGAGUCCAAACUGGGUGCUACAGCUCUUCCGACUAUCGCGGAGGAUAAGGGACCUCAGAACGAUACUGAAGAAGGAUGGGUGUGUCCACUUUGCACGCUCAUAAAUCCUCCGAAUCGACCCGGAUGUGGAGCAUGUUCGGAGUCACGUCCGAAUUUCUACAUGGUUCCAGCACGGUAUAAAAACACGGAGGAGGAUGAUUUCAUUCCAGAGGAGCUCAAAAGAUUCAUCGAAGUUGAUGUGAAGAAGCCAACCUCACCGGUACAGCUGCGUCAAGCUCCGAAAGAAACGCGGAACGAUCUUAAUCGCGUGUCUAGCAAUCGCAAAUCUUCGGACAUAUUCAACAUUCUUCUGGAUGAAAGCAGAGCAAAAGAAACACAGCUUACCAAUCCUAGUACGAGUGAUUUACUUACUACGAGGCACAUCCACGUGCCCGAACAAAAGAAUAUUAUAAUGACGGCAUUUACCAGUCCUAACAUUACGCGGAAUAAAUAUCGUGGCGUGGACAAUUACAAUCCGAAUUCGUAUAGCAAUGGUCACGUGGCAACUCCUAAAGCUGAUGGACCCAUCAUAACGACAGCGAGUCCCAUAGUUAGGGCCGUCUUGCUUAAAGAGAACCCCAACAAACCUGUGAAAUUCGGACGCAACGGUUUGGUCAUGCCCGAAGAUGAUAGUGACGUUACAAAUCACUACAUGGAGCUGGUCAAUCUUGAUUCGGCAGAUUUGAUCGCCAAUGUGGAUCCAUUCGAAUGUCCGAUUUGCUUUGGAGAGUUCAAGCAGUACGAAGGGAUCGUAUUGCGGGAUUGCUUACACUCGUUUUGCAAGGAAUGUCUGGUGAAUACAAUAAACUACAGCGAGGAAGCGGAGAUCAAGUGUCCUUAUAUGGAUACUGCAUACAGCUGUGAGAGCAUAAUCCAGCAACGCGAAAUUAAAGCUCUGGUGACUAAAGACAUGUACGAAGCCCAUCUUGCGAAAUCAAUCAGUCAAGCGGAAAGCACGCUUGACAAUACUUUCCAUUGCAAAACGCCCAAUUGUCGUGGAUGGUGCAUUUAUGAGGACAACGUGAAUCAGUUCAAGUGUCCCGUGUGCACCAUUGUGAAUUGCCUUACGUGCAGGGCAAUCCACGAUGGUCUCGACUGCAAACAAUACCAAGAUCGAAUGAACAGCGACUGUGAUACGAACAUCGAAGCGAGACGAACCAAAGCCAUGCUUCAGGAGAUAGUUGACCGGGGGGAUGCGCUCAUGUGCCCAACGUGUCAGGUCGUCAUCAUGAAAAAGUGGGGCUGCGACUGGUUGAAGUGCCGCAUGUGUAAAACGGAAAUCUGCUGGGUGACACGUGGUCCCCGAUGGGGUCCCGCUGGCAUGGGGGACACUAGCGGUGGGUGUCGCUGCGGGGUUAAUGGAAAAAAGUGCCAUCCAGAGUGUAGCUACUGCCAUUGAGAGACGCUCUCCGAUGCGUCCGCAUAAACGUAGUUUAAUAUUUUACUGUAUUAAGAAUAAACGAUGCCAAAGAUGUUGGUUUGUGCGAAUGAUAUAUGUGAAAGUUUGGAAAAAUCGGAAUAAUAUGGUGUCAAGCGUUUCAGCAUAUUUAAAAGGAAUAAAAAGAUAAAAUAUGUUUUUCAAGCUAUAAUGUC